AAACAAAUAAGUCCAGUUGAUUUGGGUGCCCUUGAGAACGAAGCGAAUACAUUACGGUUGAGAAAGAGCGUAGCCGCAAGGGAUUCGUCGCCAACGAUAAAACUGAAGAAAGUUAACGAUGAAAUCACAAAAUUACUGAACCCUCAACCAUCAAAUAAUCCACCUGAAUCUCCCAGCAACGCAGCAUUACCGUUGAAUUCACCGUCUUCGCGAGUGGCACCGAAGCCGUUCCCGAAACCGAUUAUCAAA